GGAGGGAUAUCAGAGGGACUACACCCUGAGCGUCCGUACAGCCGGGAGUCUGCAGCUCAAACUCACGUUAGAGAAGGGGGUGUGCGGGACAUCAAAAUAUACGGUUACCGCAAACCUAGGUCGUACAAUACUGACAGUCCUGUGUUUUUAAAGAUAGCGUGUGUGUCUGACACCAGAAGGCGAAUAUGUCGUGGCAAAGCUACGUGGAUAACCUGAUGUCGGAUGGCAGCUGCCAGGACGCCGCCAUUGUUGGGUACAACUCAGACUCUAAAUACGUAUGGGCAGCGCAGGAGGGGGGAACAUUCGUAAACAUCACGCCCACAGAAAUCGACACCCUAGUAGGAAAAGACCGAGAAAGUUUCUUCACCAACGGCCUGACCUUGGGUUCAAAGAAAUGCUCAGUUAUUCGAGACAGUAUCAACAGUGACAGUGACUGGACAAUGGACAUACGGACGAAGAGCCAAGGAGGAGAGGCCACAUACAACAUUGCGGUCGGCAAAGCAGCCAAAGCGUUGGUUAUAGUCAUGGGCAAGGAAGGUAUCCAUGGAGGGCUGCUCAACAAGAAAGCGUAUACCAUGGCUGAUUACCUGAGGAAAUCUCAAUAUUAAGACAACCUAACAGCUCAUUUUACCACCAUUCACUACUCUAGAUGACAUUUGAUUUGUCGUCUGUUUUCUUUUGCACAUACCCUAAAAUCAUCUUUUCUUCAUUUGUUUAUAAUGUCCCAUAUCUUACCCAGUUUACUGUUUUAUUUUGGCACUACGAUUACAAUGCUACAUGUAUUUUUGACCAAGGGCUUGCGCUAAAAAGAGCUAAAAACUUCCUCCUUCCUAAAUCAAGUCUGGGAAAGGUCGACCAUACGCAUAUCUCUGAAACUAUCAAAUGGACCUCCUACACUUAUGUAAUUUGUCAUGAAUGAGGUCUGUGUGGGAUGGAGGUUCAGUUCGUGCGAUGUAACAUUGGAAACCGAAGGUUAGCCCUUUAACAAACCUACAAUACCUGUUAAACACUUCCCUUCCUCUAUUACCAGUCCAUGUACCAUAACAAUCUUUCGUACCCACCCCCCAUUUCACUGACACUGGUUGGGCAGCCUCGGGAGGUUUAUCUGUCAGUUUGGCUGUCGGUUAAGUGCAAUGAUACGAAGCGGUAGCAUUUCCUCAUUCGAGUAUUUUACUACAUCUUGUCCACAAUGAAAUCUCCAUCGACAUUCCGACAUUAGCGUAGCUUAAGCACUUAACUUUAUUUUUCUAUCCUGUGUAAUCCAGACAGUGGGUUAAAUGAUGUAAUCAUUUUGGACCAAUUUAUGUCAUCAGGUUCAGGUUAUUUACACGAUUGCUCUUCUGUCGACUGUAAACACUAGCGUAGCAUAUAAUGGCAAGCUCGCAAAUAAGACUCGAGCAGUUUUGUCGUUAACACUUGAAUUAGUCAAUUUGUUCAUCCCAUGCUAUGUUACGACAAACAAAGCUGUUGGGUUUUCAACUAUAUGUCAAAAUGAUCUAAAUGUCUGUCAAAAGUCCAAAUGUUAACGUUAAUGUAGGUAUGACACUCAAAUCGCAAUGUUUGUGCCAUAACAUAAUGAGAAUCUGUUGCUAUUGUUAGGAUGAAUUUGAUCUUUAAAGUAUAAAAAUUCAUCAGCACUUUGUCUGGGGUGUUGGAUGCAAAUGUUUUGACAUUGUGGGAUGUUUGUACUGAAUCAAAACCUAAGACUUUUGUUCAUUUCUUUUCCUUGUACCUUGUUUUCGUACUUCUUGGUUACAGUCUGAUGUGUCUGAUUUCGUAUGCAUAUACCAAGAAAUGCCAUAAAUUAAUUUCUCCAUCUUGUUUACAGACAGAUUAAAAGAAUUUAUUCCAACCAAACAA